AUGACCGGAACCUGCCAACUCAAUCAUCCCGAGUACGACACACUGGCCUGCUGCACAUAUGAACAAUCCGUCGUGCUCAAGAACAACAUGGCCAUUGGCGCAACGAUCUUUGGUCGCUGUCCAGCAUGUCUCUACAACAUCUGGGACCUGUGGUGCGCGUCCUCGUGCAGCCCCUACCAGUCCACAUUCAUGGUGCCGCGCAACAUCUCGCACCCCAACUCCACCGAGCCCAAGAUCGAAUCGGUCUACUUCUACCUCGAUCCCGUCUACGCACAAGGUCUCUACAACAGUUGUCGCGACGUCGACUCCAAUGGGGCUGGUCCAAUCGGCCAGUUCUACACAGACUAUGUCGCCUUCUUCAAUGGAAUCUUUGGUGCCAAUCCAGCCUUCAAGAUAUACUUCAUGUUCGACGCUGACAUUGGCUACACCAACACCAUCGAACCUUGUGCUGCCUCCUGUUCAUGUGACAGCUGUCGUGACAGCUGUGUCGAGAACAACUUCAAUGGACUCAAGUUCAACUACACCUUACCAUCGACCGAGUUGUUUAACAUGGAGAUACCUUUCCUCUCAAUUUGGUUCAUCUACUCUUACGUUGCAUUCAUUAUGACUGUAUGCUUCGUCCUUUCGAUCUACACUUUGGUCGGCUACUUCAAGCUCACUCAGAGAAUGCUUUGGAUGAAUCUAGUGUAUGUGAUGAUUGUUUUGUACAUCUCUGCUCUGAUCUUCCCCUUCGCCGCCGGCGUCGAUCCCGAGUCCAGCAGCAAGUGCACAUACAAGAUGCCCUAUGGACACAAUUGGAAUUGUGUUCUGGCUAUAUUCGUCGCGAUCUACACUCCUCUGAUCUGCAUUCUCUUUGCUGUGAUGGCCUUGGUUCUAUACUUUGGCCGCGACCGCCUCGCCCCACCCCAACAAUACAUGGAGGAGGAGAUGCCCAUCCGUGCCGGCUCCAUCCAAUACAAUGACAGCGAUCACUACAACAACAUGUCCGAUGACAUUGGCAUCACCGACCCCUCGUUGGUCCAGCGAGCAUUCUUUGUCUAUGGCAAGUUCAUCACUCGUUUCCCCAAGUUGGUUAUCUUGGUCUGCAUCCUCUUUGCCGCCAUCUGUGCUGUUGGCAUCCUCCGUUUGGACAUUGAGCAGGAUCCAGUCAAGCUAUGGGCCUCACCAGACAGCCGUGCAGUCAAGGAGAAGGCCUACUUUGAUAGCAACUUUGGACCAUUCUAUCGUACCGAACAACUGAUCAUCACUCUUCGCAAUGAUUCCUAUGGUCAGGUGAUGAGCCAGGAUUCACUGGUGGCACUGAUCAACCUGGAGUUGGAUCUCAUGAGCCUAACCACAACAUACAAUGGCCAGCCUCUCGCACUCUCCGACCUUUGUUUCCAGCCCACUCACAAGGGCUGUCUCGUCGAGUCCGUCACCAGCUUAUGGCAAAGAAACAUCGCAAAGUUGGAAAGCCAGGACGUUUAUGAUUACUACCAAUACUGUCUGGGCAAUCUGUUUGGCCCCGACUGUAUGGACCUCAUUGGCACGCCAGUCAACCCAUCCGUCGUGCUCGGUGGCUGGAGCAACCACAGCUCAUUCAACGCCACGGCCUUUGUCACCACAUUCCUUCUCAACAACAAACCCGCCAACCUAUCAGCCAACGAGGCGUGGGAGGCUGUCUGGCUCAACACUGUCAAGAGCUACAACGAUAACGACACGUAUCCAUUCCGCAUCGCCUACUCGUCUGAGCGCUCUGUCCAGGACGAGCUUGCCCGCGAGGGUGAGGCCGACAUCCCAACCAUCUUGAUCUCCUACUCGGUGAUGUUCCUCUACGUCUCUCUCGCUCUUGGAAAGUACUACCCGCUUCCCAGCAGAUGGCUAUCACUUGUUGUCAACUCUCGCUUCACUCUUGGUCUGUGUGGCAUCAUCAUUGUCGCCCUCUCCAUCCUCAUCUCUGUGGGCAUCUGCAGCAUACUUGGUAUCAAGGCCACGAUGAUCAUCUCUGAGGUGAUACCAUUCCUUGUGCUGGCCAUUGGUGUGGACAACAUCUUCAUUCUCGUCAACACAUUUGAGUCUCUACACGUCUCCAAGUACGAUUCACAAGCCAGGAUAAUUGUUCGCCCUUCACCAGAGCAGACACUUGCCCGCGCCCUCGCCAAGGUCGGUCCAUCAAUGGCCCUGGCCUCCCUCUCAGAGUCAUUGGCAUUCUUGUUGGGCACGCUCACAAAGAUGCCCGCCGUCGUCGCAUUCUCCUUCUACGCCUCGGUCGCAAUCUUCUUUGAUUUCCUCCUGCAGAUCAGUGCCUUUGCCGUUCUCCUGGUUAUUGACACUAAGCGCAGCGAGUCAAGACGCAUAGAUUGCCUCCCAUGCAUCCCGUUGGACGAUGGCGAGAACUCUGACGACGAUGAGCCCGAGAAACAGCCACUCAUCGACGGCCAACCCGACGUCUUUAGCGAUGUCACAUACAAGAAGAAGGACGGAUUGCUCAAGUUCCUCUUUAAGGAGUACUAUGCACCAUUCCUCGUACACCCCGUCGUAAAGGUAGUGGUCAUCUUCUUCUUUGUAGGUCUGACACUGUUCAGCAUCUCCAACACAUUCAAACUCGAACUUGGUCUCGACCAGAGCGUGGCAUUGCCCAAAGACAGCUACCUUCAGGACUACUUUGCGGAGCUGGCCGAGCGUCUCGAGGUGGGCCCACCAUUCUACAUCGUGAUCCAGGGCAACUAUGACUACAGCAACAUCACCGACCAGAACUACCUCUGUGCCGAGGGUGGCUGCAACUCCAACUCAAUCAUCAACACGUUCAAUCAGGCACCCUACGUCUUCUCUGGCAUUGCCUCAUGGCUGGACGACUACAUCUCAUGGUCACAGAACCCUAGUUGCUGCCAGAUGUACCCGGACGGAAGCUACUGCACUGACCCCACCAACAUCACAUGUGUAUCAUGCUCCAAUGGACAAACAGGUCGCCCCAACCCAGAAACCUUUGUCAGUUUCCUUCCAAUCUUCUUGAACUUUGUCAACACUGCACAAUGUCCAGUUGCCGGUCUUGCCUACCAAAGUGACACCAACCUCCAAUCAGGCCAGAUUGUCGCCUCCCGCUUCGACGGCUAUCACACCACUCUAAGGACCCAGACAGACUUUAUCAAUGCCCUCAAGUCAGCAUACUGGGUAGCGGAUCACUCUGACCUCAAUGUGUUUGUUUACUCAGUGUUCUAUGUCUACUUUGAGCAAUACCUUAACAUUGUGUCGAUCGCUAUCAUGGACAUUCUGUUGGCACUUGGAGGUGUAUUGGUCGUUUGCCUACUCUUGUUGGCAAAUCCAAUCGUAUCAUUGAUUGUGGUACUCUGUGUAGGUCUGGUAUCAAUCGACCUGCUUGGUAUAAUGGCACUGUGGAAUGUCAACCUUAAUGCCGUGUCCGUUGUCAAUGUCGUCAUGGCCAUUGGUAUCUCGAUCGAGUUCUGUGUACACAUUGCUCACACCUUUAUCCGUGCGCCCAAACUUCUAUCACGCGAUGAAAAGGCCAAGUUUGCCAUCUCCGAAGUUGGUGCAUCCAUUGUCAGUGGUAUCUUCAUUACCAAGUUGCUUGGAGUUGUCGUUCUUGGAUUCUCAAACUCCGAGAUAUUCCAGGUGUACUACUUCCGCAUGUACAUCUCUAUUGUUAUUCUUGGUGGACUACAUGGAUUGGUACUUCUACCAGUAUUACUCAGUCUUUUUGGUACAGACAUGUUGAGCUUCUCCUCAUGCUUCAAGUCCAAGAAACAACCACAAAUUGAUCCAAUACCAAUUAUUUAA